AAUUAUCUUAGAGUUAUCGAUCACUAAACAAAGCCUGAAAAAUUUUCUUCCUUAAGAAACCCUUGUACCAAACACUUCUCAAUAUCCAAUCAAUAAAAGAUAUAUAAGAUUUUUCUCUUGUAUAGAAAUUUUGAAGAAAAGUUGCGACAAUGACAAUCAGGAAGCCGUGGGAGUUGCUCAAAGAUUAGCAGACUUGCUCAGAAAAAUAGAAUUUAGUGAUGGAACCUGAGGAGAAUACUGAUGCCAAGAUAGAAUUUCUCAAUGAACGGAUAAAAUUCCUUAGGGAAGAGUCCGGAGAUAUAUACCAAGCUGCAAUAUCAAUGAUGGAAUACCUUGAACACAAUGCUAAGGUUCUUGUUAAUCUAGCAGAGUGUCACAAGAAAUAUACCAAUGAGAUGUAUGAUCAAUUCAAUGAUUUACAAGUUGAAUUGAAAAAUAAAUGUAUACCAAAAUACCAAACAGGUACUUAUAUGACCUCAACACAAACAGAAGAAGAAGAAGAAGAAAACAGGAGCACAGAAAAAACUGUCCCAGAAAUAAACAUGCAAGUUCUAACACAGGUCAGAAGUGAUGAUGGGCCUAGAGAAGAUGAAAGAGCAGAACCAAGAAUGGAUAGAGGCAGCAAAGUCAAAAACACCGGAGACAGAUCAACUCGUUCUACCAAGAUAAUAAAAAUCAGAGCAGAUGAAGACUUGAGCCCUUUAUCAGCAAAAGAAGAAGAGUACUCUAAAUUCGCAGAAUGGGUUUACAGGAUGGAGAAUAAUGAUCACUGUUUCAAAAGUCCUGGGAAUCACACGUACCCAAGGAUUGUAUGCUUGGAGGGUAUAAAUCCAAACUUAGUAAGUAAAUUAGCUAAUUUUGGGUUUCUUGAUUUGAUAUACCCUGGACUAGGCCUUAAAGAAUUGGAUGCAUUCGAUGAAAUUUUUAAGAUAAAAGUCUCGGAAUUCGCCAGAGGAAGAAGAAUUUAUCUCAAAUUCUAUUCCAUUAGUCCAGAGUUUGAAGACAACAUUGACUAUCAAGCUCAACAUGUGAUCUCUAUAGGUCAUGUGGCUGCUAAUUUCUCGAUGGAAUGCGGUACAGACACAAGUCCCAUACCAAGAAUUACGAGAAAAUGGAUCAAAUCCAGGAGAGCAUUAGGCAUCAAGGCUGUCCAUGGAAUUUCAAAGAAUCUUUUCGAAAGAAGAUUCAGGGUUAUAUGCCAAUUUUCCAAUUAUACUAUUGCUACACAGGGAGGAACUGAUAAAUCAUCCAUCCUAGAAGAGUUGAUCAACAACUUCCAAAUCCAUGCAUUUCCACCAUGCUCGGAGACGACCAGGAGAGAAGCAUGUGCCAUUAUGCAGUGUCCAACUUGCAAUGGCAAGAAUAAUGAGACCCCGUCAAUCAUGUCACCAAGGACAAUGGACCAGCUGAGAAAGAUAGCACUUAAAAAUGUUAUGUAAAAGGCUUAUGAAAGAGCCACCUGUUCUACCUUUAGUGACUCUGCAUGUUACCAAAGUCUACAUAAAAAGAUGUAAACAAUAUGAUACCAAUAUAUCAAUAAAAAUGCAUUGCUAAAUCCCUAUUCUGGGAUAUAGUAUUUUUCCCAAAA